UGGAAAAUGAAUUUAUUUUUAUGUAUGACAUUUUGCUGUUGUUUAACGUAUCAAUGUUGUAGCACAGACAGUUAUGGAAAGUGAAAUUGUGGCGAACUUUCGUUAUGUAGUUCUGUUUGGAAUGGAGGAUCUUACGAAGUUACACAAGAUUUUUAUUGUGUUACGACGAGAACAGCUGUCAUUUUUGUAAUGACGGUUGUGGGCAGGAGCAGUUAUUUUGUUUCAAGAACGGACAGUUACUUUCGAGACGUUAGUUUAUUUUCCAGGUGCCAGUGGUUUGUGACUUACUGUGAUCGUUGUCAAGUAUGCAGUUCUUAAUAUAAGGUGUGAUGUUUUUUAGUGAAGUGUUUAAUGUAGAAUGAAUGUUAUUGAGGUUAUGACGCUGAGAAGGCGCACGAAAUCAGUAAAACGAAAGAACAGCGAAAGACAGCAGUGCAUCUCUUGGAUAACACCCUGCAACCAGAGAGAAGUGGUGUAAGAAAAGGCUCUUUAUUUAUGAAAGGAACGACAGCUGUUUUAAGCACUACAAUGGACUGUAUACAAGAUGAAGAUCGCAAACGACGACUGCGUCAGUUGGAAGAGGAGAUUCAAGAUCCUCGUAGUGUUGCAAAUGUUGACUGCUUGUUGGAUACAGUUCAGGCCUUAGUUUCGGACUGUGAUCACCCAGCUGUCAAACGAAUGAAAAAUAUAGAAGCAUAUAUGAAUAGAUAUGAUUCUGUGGCAGCCACUAUUUGUAGGUUACGUAUGAAGACAGAUGACUUUUCUCUUAUUAAAGUCAUUGGUAGAGGAGCCUUUGGUGAAGUCCAGUUGGUACGGCAUAGAUCUACUCAAAAAGUGUAUGCAAUGAAGCUAUUAAGCAAGUUUGAAAUGAUUAAACGGUCAGACUCGGCAUUCUUCUGGGAAGAACGCGAUAUAAUGGCCCAUGCUAACUCCGAAUGGAUAGUGCAGCUGCAUUUUGCAUUUCAAGAUGCUAAAUAUCUGUACAUGGUUAUGGAUUACAUGCCUGGUGGUGAUCUUGUUAACCUUAUGUCCAACUAUGAUGUGCCUGAAAAAUGGGCAAAAUUUUAUUGUGCUGAAGUUGUUUUAGCUUUAGAUGCCAUUCACUCAAUGGGUUUUGUUCAUAGAGAUGUGAAACCAGAUAAUAUGCUUCUGGACAAGCAUGGUCACCUCAAGUUAGCAGAUUUUGGUACUUGCAUGAGGAUGGAUGAUGAUGGUCUAGUGCGGUCAGAUACAGCAGUAGGUACUCCUGAUUACAUAUCACCAGAGGUGCUACAGUCCCAAGGUGGAGAAGGUGUAUAUGGUCGUGAGUGUGAUUGGUGGAGUGUGGGUGUCUUCCUUUAUGAAAUGUUAGUUGGAGACACUCCAUUUUAUGCCGAUAGCCUUGUUGGUACAUACAGCAAGAUCAUGGAUCAUCGCAAUUCACUUCAUUUUCCAACAGAUGUAGAAAUUAGUCAAGAUGCUAAAGCCUUAAUUUGUGGCUUUCUCACAGACAGAACAAGGCGCCUAGGAAGAAAUGGAGUUGAAGAAAUAAAAUCUCAUCCAUUCUUCCAGAAUGACCAGUGGACAUUUGAUAAUUUACGAGACUGUGUUCCACCAGUUGUUCCAGAACUAAUGGGUGAUGAUGAUACAAGUAAUUUUGAUGAUGUAGAUAAAGAUGAAAGUCCAGAAGAAAAUUUCGCUACGCCAAAAACUUUUGCAGGAAACCAUUUGCCGUUUGUGGGUUUCACAUACUCAAGGGAUUAUCAGUAAUUAAGUAAAAAUGGUAAAAAAACAGUCUCAAUUGCACAGUCAUUUAUUAAAAAUAUGACCAAAGAUGAUGUUAAAUCAAUUACUCAGUUGGAGGCAGAACUAGAAAACCAGCGUUCUCUUGUGAAGUGUCUUGAAGCUAAACACGCGUCUGUGUACAUACAACUGGAAGAAGUGAAUCAGAGGAAAGCAGAAAUAGAAGAGAUGAAUGAUCAGUUGGAGAAGAGGAUAACGCUCCAUAAACAGGAAAUCAAAGAGUUGCUACGGAAAGCUGAGGCAGAAGCUGAUAUCCGGAGAAAGACUGAAGUGGUUCUCCAGGAAAUGAAACGAAAAUUGGAAGAUGAGCAGAAUAAACGAACAAGAGAAAUGAACAAUAAUCAACAAACUAAUGACAAGAUAAAUGUCUUAGAAAAACAGUUGACAGACAUGCAGGAAAGCAAUACUCGUCUCCGGAAGCAGGUUGCAGAGUUGACAUUAGCAAAAUCUACAGCAGAACAGGUGCAAGGUGAAUUGCAGAGCAAGUUAACAUCUCUACAGUUGCAAAGAGAGAAUCUACAGCAAGAGGUUGCAACUCUUGAAGGACAGCUAUCUCAGGAAAGAAGUUCUCGUUGCCAGGCUUCUGACUUGCAGCAGGAAUUGGAAGGUCGUCUGCAGUCAAUGCAUGGUGAACUUGAACGAGCUCAGCAGAGAGAGAAUAAACUCACAGAUGACAAUCGUCAAAUGGUUGAAAAAAUCUCAAGCCUGGAGAAGGAAUGUGCAUCCUUGGAAUUAGAACUUAAAGCAGCUCAGAACAGGUAUCAACAAGAAGUUAGAGCACAUGAAGAAACUGAGCGAAGUCGCCUUCUGAGCAAAGAGGAAGCAAACAUAGAAGUCGUCAAAGCUUUACAGGCAAAACUGAAUGAAGAAAAAAGUGCUCGGCAGAAGGCAGAUUUACAGUGGCAGGAGAAGGAACGCCAGAUGUCUAUGCUUUCCGUUGACUACAGACAGAUCCAGCAGAGGUUACAGAAAUUGGAGGGAGAAUAUCGGCAGGAAGUUGAAAAGGUGAAAGCCCUGCAUGGACAGAUAGAACAGGAGCAGCAGAAGAAGAAUGUCUUGCAGACAGAACUUGGAGUGCAGGCAUCAGAAGUCGCUCACUUACGUGCAAGGGAAGCUCAGCUUAUUCGUGAAGUAACACAGUUAAGAGAGGGCAAAAAAUCUAUUGAAGAAGAGCUGCACAAAGUUAAAGCUGCUCGAUCUGUGGACGAUUUGCAGAUGAAGGAGUUGCAAGACCAACUUGAAGCAGAACAAUACUUCUCGACAUUGUACAAGACACAGGCACAGGAACUAAGGGAGGAGGUGGAUGAAAAACAGAGGUCAAUACAAGAGCUUGAGGAGGAAAGAGACUCAUUUUCUAGGCAGUUGCAAUUGGCUCUUGCUCGAGCUGACAGUGAAGCACUUGCUCGGUCGAUUGCUGAGGAGACAGUUGCUGAUCUAGAGAAAGAGAAGACUGUCAAAGAAUUGGAACAUAAAGAUCUGAUGUCAAAGCACCGAGCUGAACUUGCUAAUAAGGAAAUAGCCCUAAAUACGGCGAAGGAGAGGGAAAUGGACUAUAAGAAGACUGUUGACCAGUUAGUGAAAGAAAAAGAUGAAUUAAAUCAUCAGCUGAAGAUUAUGCAACAAGUUACAAAUGAGGCCAAUAAUAACAAUGAAGAACUUGAAAGGCUACACCGACAACUAAAAACAGAACAGCUACUGAAAAUGCAAGCUGUGAACAAAUUAGCAGAAAUAAUGAAUCGUAAAGAUAUGAGCAAUGCAGGUCGUGGUAAGAACAAAGUUUCGUCAGCAGAUCUUAGGAAGCGAGAGAAAGAAUGUCGGAAACUUCAACAGGAGCUCACACAGGAACGAGAUAAAUACAGCCAGAUGGUGGCAAAAUGGCAAAAGGAUAUGCAGGAGUUACAAGCUCAACUUCAGGAAGAAAAUACAUUGAAAAUCCGUCUGCAAAUGGAGCUUGAUUCCAAAGACUCAGAGAUAGAGCAGCUACAUGUUAAGCUAGCAUCUCUUAGCAGUGAAACUGCAUCAUUAAGUAGUGCUGACAAUGAUGAUGACUUAAUAGGCCAAGAGUCAAGGUUAGAAGGCUGGUUGUCUGUUCCUAACAAACAGAAUAUAAGGCGACAUGGUUGGAAGAAACAGUAUGUUGUAGUGUCCUCAAAGAAAAUAAUAUUUUAUAAUUCGGAAAGUGAUAAGCAGAACACGGAUCCUGCACUUGUUCUUGAUCUUAAAAAAGUUUUCCACGUUCGUCCAGUAACACAGGGCGAUGUAAUUAGAGCAGAUGCCAAAGAUAUUCCACGAAUUUUUCAGCUACUUUACGCUGGGGAAGGGGAAGCUAGAAGACCAGAUGAGAGUGGUACGAAUCAGUUGGAGCUCUCUACACUGAGGGAUGAUAAGCCGGGGACCUAUUCUCUCAAAGGUCAUGAGUUUAUCCAGAUCUCGUUCCACAUGCCAACAAAUUGUGAAGUCUGUCAGAAGCCACUGUGGCACAUGUUUCGACCACCAGCUGCCUUGGAAUGCAGACGAUGUCACAUUAAGGUUCACAAAGAGCAUCUGGAGAAAAAGGAGGAUGCCAUUGCACCGUGUAAACUACAUUAUGAUCCAAAUUCUGCCAAAGAACUGUUAAUACUGGCUUCCAAUGUGGAAGACCAGAAACUUUGGAUUCAACGACUUGGGAAGAAAAUACAAAAAUGUGGAUACAAGGCCAAUAGUGGAAUUGAUGGAGCCAAAAUUUCACCAAGAGAAUCAACACGUUCAUCACUUAAGCCAUAUAUACACCAACAGCAACGCUCUGCAACACUACCUGCAAAUGCAUCUGCUGUCGGAAAAUAAGUGUGAGCUGCUUUCGGAGGCGCAAGUGGCUGUUGAGACUGUGAUUGCUAGGAGGCUAUAAGUGCUGUGUAAAGAAAUAAUUUAUUUUUUAACAGUGGCCUAACCAAAGUUUUAUCUCUGAAUAUAGUUGUAACUUAUUAGUAGUAAAAAAUAGCUUUAUAUUUUCUCUUUGAUUGAGCUUCACAAGUACAGCAAUUUUUAUUUGGAAGGGUUUUGUGAGGCUGUGGACAUUAUCAUUCUUAAGCAAAGAAACUGAAGCAGCAGAAGUGACCCCGUGUUUGUGAGGAAGGGGGAGAGGUUUUCUGUUGGCAGCUCAUGUUAGGUUGUAAAACAUUUGAAAUACUUGUUUUAUGAGUUUCCCAUUUUGGUGUGGUUAUGAUUUAGGAAAAAAGGCUCUUAAUCAGCAUCUUGCCUGUCAGUUUCACAUCAUAGCCACUUCUGACCUGAUUCAGUAAGUGUACAAAUGUAAUUUUUAGUUAUACUUGUCAUGUUAGUUACAGUAAUACAACAGAAAAUGUGAGAACAGAUGUAACUCUCACAAAGAUUACAUUCAUGACUGAAUAUUGAAGCCAAAGUUUUGAUAAACAUUUUUGCAAGAUUUAGACACACAUAUUUACAUCACAUAAUGCUGUGACUCAGAAAUAUUGAAGUUUGCUCAUAAUCAUUUUUCUGACGUUUACAUUCCUUUUCUUUCCACUAGAAUGAUUCGUUGAUUUGUACUUCCAAAGAAAAGGACAAGAUUUCCCUUGCUCAUUUCACAUUGCAUCUGUGCCAAUUAAUUUAACUGUUAAAAAGUUUACAAAUUAUGUACCAUUAUAUGUGAAUGCCAAGUUUCAAUGAAACUUGUUAUUUUAUUUAUAUGUAUACAUAAAUAUGUGUAAGGCAGACUUCUGCAGUUAUGUACAUGUUUGUUGCUGUGUUCCAUUUUCACAUUGUUGAUUACAUGUGGAGAAUAUAUAUGGACUGUGCCUUUAUAUCAUGCAAAAGAAUAAACUUGUGGUACUAUUUAGAGUUCUAAGUUAAAGUAUUUAUGUUUUUCAUUUUUUAAAAGGAAUAACUUAUGUUAAGUUAUGCCAAAAUUGUGGAAUUACCAACUACAAUUUUAUUUAAUAUGUACCAUAAAACUACUCUUUUGUAUAUAUGACCAUAGUGCUAUUUGUAUAUGAA